GCAUUUCAACUUUCCUGUCAUGACAAGAUAGUAAACAAGCAAUAAUAGCAAUAAAAUGGCCUAUAAAAUGAAAAAAAUACAAAUGAUCCAGUGGAAACAAUUAAAUCAGACUUCAUAGCAUAGGGGGUGGAGAUGAUCAAACAAUGUAUAGAUUGGUUGCUGCAAAGGAAACAUAUAAUCAACAACUUUGCAAUCAAUAAAAAUUGCAAAACAGUUACACAUCUAACUUAUAAAGGAUGAAGGGGUAGCUAGGCACGACGAAGGUGGCCACGUCGCCUUUAAAUCGCGAAUGCCACCGCGUGUUAUUUCCGUGCCCCGCUGAGGGCAUUUUAGUCAUUUCGCAUCCGGGCGUAUAAAAGGCAGCCUCCCCCGUGGAGAAGACCUAGCCGCCGCCUCCCAUCCCACUCGCCUCCCCCUUCUUGUCGCCCUCCUCUCUCUCUCUCUCUCUCUCGCUAACCCCUCUCUCUCCCGAUCGCAUCGGCCGGUUCCGGCGCGUCUCCCCCGCGACCCCAGCCUCCUCUCCUGCUGCCGCCGCCGGAGAAGCUCGCCGCCGAUGCCGGUGACCUAGCCCGCGCGUCUCCCCCUCGACCUCCGCCUCCUCUCCUGCCGCCGCCGCCGUCGGAGAAGCUCGCCUCCGUGCCCACAAGCCUCGGAUUCGGCGGGAUCUGGGACGAGGAGGGGUGGAUGAGACGGGGGAGGAGGAGGAGGAGAGUGUGGGAUGAAGGAAUAUCCCCGCCGCCUCCUCUGCUCCUGCCUCCGCAAGUCGAGGGGGAUGAGCCUGCUCGGGCUCAUCUCCAAGAGCCCCUCGCCGACGCGCCGCCUGCUGUCGCCGACGCCCGUGCCCGCCGACGGGGGCGGCCGAGCGGGUGAGAUCCCGCUGAUCCGGUGGCGGAAGGGCAAGAUGAUCGGCUCCGGCGCGUUCGGGCAGGUCUACCUCGGGAUGGACCUGGACACCGGCGAGCUCCUCACAGUAAAGCAGGUUUUGAACGGGAGCACCAACGCGACCCGGGAGAAGGCCCAAGCGCAUAUAAGAGAACUUGAGGAAGAAGUGAAGCUCCUCAAGAACCUUUCGCACCCCAGUAUUGUGAGGUACCUCGGGACUGUCCGUGAGGAAGACACACUGAAUAUCUUGCUGGAGUUUGUUCCUGGAGGGUCUAUCCAGUCGCUUCUUGGAAAACUCGGUUCAUUCCCGGAGGCAGUCAUUAGGAAGUAUACUAGGCAGAUUUUGCAAGGGUUGGAAUAUCUGCAUAGCAAUGCAAUAAUACAUAGAGACAUUAAGGGUGCAAACAUUCUUGUUGAUAACAAAGGCUGCAUUAAGCUUGCCGAUUUCGGGGCAUCUAAGCAAGUUGCCAAGUUGGUAAGGUUGAUGUUCAAUAUGCUGUUAAGGUCGAGUAUAAUAGCUUGGAAGAAAUAAAACCUUCAUGUGCUUGUCAAGUGAUCAAAACAAUAGUUUACAACAGAAUAGCAAAUGCUAAACCUUUCCUGUCUAAUUAUGCCAUCAGAUUAAGGAUUCUUAUUUAUUGAUCUUGACUACCUGUGUGCAUGAAACAUGAAAGUGUGAGUUUGGUUCCAAGCAAGCUCAUGGUAAAGUGCUCUGCAGGUAUUUGCAUUAUAGUUCCUGCAUAAUCUCUUGGUAAUGAAGCGUUGUCCGGGGCGCUAUCUGGAAUACCAUCUCUUUCUAAUGAAUUUAUGUGUUAGUUGUUGCCUUCUUUCAUUAGAUAGUUCAAAUAAUAAUACAAACGUAUGGAUUUUUGUAAACUGGUAUAUGAUUCAAUAUUAUAUAUUUUAUAAACUGGUAUAUGGUUACCAGAGUCACCUUGCAUAAUUUUUUAAAGGAAGAGUCAACGCAGUCCUGAACUUGCACUAAUAUAUUGUGAUGCUCCUACUUUUUGCAGAACAAUGCAGCAAUGAUAAGAACUAGAAUUAGACUGCAUUGCAUAUAUGUAUAGGUUACCACUUCUUUGCUAUAAUUAUUUGCCAUGUAAAAGCCAAUUCACAUGUCAAAAUAUGCUUUGGAGAUCAGUUUCUUACAAUUUGUAAUAGUGAAACUCUUGCUUCUUUGCCCAUAAUAGAAAAUACACCAAUUUUUUUAUCACCUUAACUUGUCGAUGGCAUACCAUCCUAUCAAAAACCCUCAAUAAUGUCUAAGUCUUUUUUUACCAGCUCUGAGAUAUUACAUAGUGAUGUUCCACAAUUAAGAUUAUUACUGUGAAAAAGAACUAACCUCAUGUACUUUGGUACAGCCUUCACAUAAGAAGUUGUACACUAGAGGGAAGAACAUGAUGUGUGUGUCUGUGUGUGUGUGCGCGUGUGCGUGUGCGUGUGUGUGGGGGGGGGACCCCUGGGCAUGCAUUCUUCACUUGAACAGAUUCAAUAAUUUAUCCCAGUACUCUCUUUGUAUUUUUGUCUUUGAGGGAAUCUAAGAUUUGAUGUAAAUCGGUUUUCCCUUUCAUUUCUUCGUAAGAAUUAUUUUCUGUGCUAUAAUUAUUUAAUGUGGUGCAUCUCUUCUAAUAAUCUUAGCCGACCUGGUUCACUUGUUUUGAUUCGAUUGUUCCAUGGAAUCCCAGGGUCUGAUGAAGCAAGGUGCAGGACACCUCAGGUACCCUGAUCCGACCUCACCACACUCCUCGAGCCAGCCCCUCACGAUUCUUACAAUGUUAUUUCUUCUCUUUCUCUAGAACCGCCUAUGUUUGUGACAGUACACUGGGGCUCAAGCGACAAUGAGCAUGUUGGUGCUUUGAGUGUUUUUCCUUGCGAUGUUCUGCUUGUUCUUGUUUCUUAAUUUUAGUCAGCUUACUUUGGUAAGCUCCUCUUAUGGCAGGUGGGAGGAUCGUUCAGCUGACCAAGUGCAGUAUGACGGUGAUCUCUGAACAGUUGCAAGGAGGCUAAUAACAUGUUAGCUCCUCUUAAUAUCUUGGUUGAUGCCAUCUGUCAGAUUUAGCCCACCGAGUCCCUAUUUUGCAUUUACUUUGCUUCUCUAAAGUUCUCUUCGUGCUGCAAGGAAGAUGCGGGGGUUAGUUGCAUUCCUGCUGCCUUGCUUGAGAUGAAUCCAUUUGGUUCCUUUGCCUUUCAAUUCUGUAACACACCAUCGUAUCUAUUGGUAGGUGUCAUUCUGCUUCUCCUUGCAUGUCUAUUUGUGCGCUUGGGUUGCAGAUCAGGUUACUGACACAUGGAUCGUACAGUUAUUCUAUUACUCAGGGCCCACCCUGGUGGUCACUAUAUCUCUGGGUUAAGCAAGUUGAGCAGGUUAUGCAAGCUACUAUGUAAAAUGCGCACGCAUCACUGCCUAAAAAAAGGUCCAGACAGCAACGACAAGUGCUUACUAUGCUCCAUUAAAGCAGCUAAGAAGAUAAUUUAGUUUGGGUGAAUUUAUUAGUUUAUUAAUUAGCUUGAAGAAGAAAAAUAUUUCAGAACAGUGUGGUCAUAGAGUUAUGUUCAGUUUGGUGCUUUGGGUCAUUCUGGAUAAGUGAUUGGGUAGCGGUUGCUGUUUACUGGCAAGGGAUGGAUUGGUGCAAGUGAGUUUAUGAAAGCCUACUGGAACUGUUCGUGGAAGUAGUUGUAUGAACAUGUUGUGUGCAACUGAACUGAUCUGAUUGGUUAUCUUUGGAAAUCUUCACCUGAUGUGUUGUGCAUUGGUCUGCAUUUAUAUUACUGUUGUAUUUUUAUUUGUCUCUUUUAUGAUAGUUUAAGGUGAAAACAGAGUAUUUAUAAUUGUGACAUGGACUACAGACUUUUCCUAAGUUUUUAGGUGUGAUGGUGGUGGUGUGACCACGAAUUUAUAUGUCUGGAUUAAGUUGAUAGGCCCGCUGUGUUUUAGGCGUGGUGUUCUUCCUUCAAUAAAUUGGCAGAUGCUUGCUUCUGUUAAUUAAAUCUUCAGUCUUAGGAGGUACUGCCCUGUGCUUGAAUGCAGUUGUCUUUGUUUAGACAGCAGCCGAGCCCAGUCAACAAUUAUUAGUAGUAGUUACGAGAUAAGGCAGAGGAGGCAUAUAGGGCCAGCCGUCGUAUAUGCAAUGCAUGAAAGUCGUUGUUGAUUCCAUUCAAGUAACGAAUAAAUAGUAGUUGCUAAUUCUAUUCAUAGUGAUUACAACCAUAGGUAAAUGUAUGCUUCUAACUUUCAUAUGCAUG